UUUUAUAUGAACAAAAAAAGCGUCUAAAACCAUCAUUAUAAAAUAUAUGACACCGUUCACAAAAAAAAAAAAGCCCACACAAUGAGUGGCAUAUUAUAAUGAAAUAUUACAGUUAAUAUUACUCCUCGCUUGUGCACUGACACAAAUCCUAAAUCCUCCUCGGCUAGAAUCAAAUGUUACCGCUGGAGGCUCCGGGUCAACACAAUUCUCCUUUAUCGACAUUUAAACUCGUCAUAAAUGUCUCCAUCAAAUCAUGAAAAGGCCCAACUUCUUGUAUUUUUUAGUUGUAAAUAAAACACCUUAUUUAUUUCACUUAUUCUUAUCCUGUCAGGGUGCUAAAUAAAUAUAGUGAUUUUAUUUUUUAUUUUGUUUUUUUUUCUCUCUUUCCUUCAUGGGGCCUCCAAUUAAAGGCUACACAAUUUGAUGUGUGUGUGUGUGUGUGAUAAUGUAACAUUUUCAAAUGAAGCAUAUCAUAACUAAAAUUAAAAAUAAACCAAAGGUCAGUCGAUUACUUUACUUAAUUUUUUUUGUCAUAUUUUUUUAAUUAAUAUUUUUAUACUAUACCGAUUAAAGCAUCCCGUUUAGACUGAGCUUUUCUGUUUUUUUAUUAGCUUCACACCCUGUCAAUACUUAUAAUGUAACCUCAAUAUACUGUAUAUUAAUGUAUAUAUGAAGUCAUUUUUUCCCCUUUCACAUUGACCUCAACAUUAUUAUAUAUUUUUUGUUCAUUUUUCUCGUAUAGAACAUUCCCUGUGUGUGUCUGUGCUAUAUGGAAAAUAUGACUUUCUUUAAAUUGAAAUACCAGUGGAAAAUAUGAAUACUGUAAAAAAAAGCCAUUUAAUGUAGUUAUUUACCGGCUAAUUAGAUUACAUUCAAAUCAUUGAAAAAAAAAUAAAGGAAAAAAUUGCCAUGUAUUUAUUUUGAAUCCUAAUAUAAUUAAAGUCUAGCUAAUUAUGUGAUACAGCAAAGCCACGCCCACUACAGCCUAUCAAUAAUCACGGUCACGCCCCCUUAGACGCUGACACAAACGCACCUGUUUAAAUGUAUGUUAAGAUAAGAUGUUUUUCAUGUGUUUUAAAAGGAGAAAAAAGCAAUUUAUAAUAAUUUUGGUGUUUUUAAAUUAAUUAUAAAUGUAUUUUUUGGUGUAAAUAAGUGGAGGAUUUUUAAAUGGAGUAUUAUACAAGAAGUAAAAAGGACGCUUCUUUGUUGGGCAAUAGAAAUGAUUGGUGUGUGUGUGUGAGAGAGAGAGAGAGAGAGAGAGAGAGAGAGAGAAAGAGAGAGAGAGAGAGGGAGGGAACUCCUCCUACCAAAAUUAUUCACACUGGGCAGGCUUUGCUCUCUUCACAAAUAGGACACAGUUCUCAAAUCCAGGCAGUCCCAAUCUGACCUCCAAACACCAAGGAACCCUAACUGGGAACUUUGGGAAAAGAGAAAAAAAGAGAGAGAGAGAGAGAGAGAAAAGAAACAAGGCAAACAUUGUGUCAUUAUUUUUUUUUGGCCAGCCUCCUCCUCCCCCCCCCCCCCCCUUUUGACUCCAUCACCCGUUUUGGACUAUAUAUAUUUUUUUUGAUGUGGAGAAGAGAUAUUCUGCAAAGAAGGAACAAGCCUGUGCGCCACCAUCUUUCCUUCUCGUCCCACCCAAUGCUGUUGUUGUAGUUUUUUUUCUUCUUCUUCUUCUUCUUGUUUCCAGUCGUUUUUGCAGACUGAGAGUCUCUGCAGGGUUUUGCUUUUCGCUCCCCCCCCGCCCCCCUCCCCGCGGCCCAUUUGGAUGCGCUGAGCCGGGCCAGCACCAUACGGUCCACACACACGGUGUAUGGAAGUGGUGGGCUGCAAGGCAGAGGCAGCCAGUUGCAAGUUGCGUCCAGGACCGGGAGGACCGGGAGGACCGGGAGCCAUGCUUUUCCACGGGAUCUCCGGGGAUCACAUCCAAGGGAUCAUGGAGGAGAUGGAGAGAAGGUCCAAGUCGGAGUCUCGCUUGGCGAAGAGCAUGCAGCUUAACGGGAGAGAGACGACCAUGCCCUCCAUGAGCCCGGAGAAGCCCGCCCUGUGCGCCGGCUGUGGAGGCAAGAUCUCGGACAGAUACUACCUCCUGGCCGUGGACAAGCAGUGGCACCUGCGCUGUCUCAAAUGCUGUGAAUGUAAACUAGCGCUGGAAUCGGAGCUAACGUGUUUUGCCAAGGAUGGGAGCAUCUACUGCAAGGAGGAUUAUUACAGAAGGUUCUCCGUGCAGAGGUGCGCGCGCUGCCACCUGGGGAUUUCCGCCUCGGAGAUGGUGAUGCGCGCCAGAGACUCUGUGUACCACCUGAGCUGCUUCACUUGCACGACGUGCAACAAGACCCUCACCACGGGAGACCACUUCGGCAUGAAGGACAGCCUCGUCUACUGCCGCCUCCACUUCGAGAGCUUGGUGCAGGGAGCCGACUACCACCCCCAACUCAACUUCGCCGAGCUGGCGGCCAAGGGCGGCGGCCUCGGCCUGCCCUACUUCAACGGCACCGGCACGGCACAGAAGGGCAGACCGCGCAAGAGGAAGAGCCCCGCCAUGGGCUUGGACUUACCCAGCUACAACACAGGCUGCAACGAGAACGACACGGACCAUUUGGACCGGGACCAGCAGGCCUACCCGCCGACACAGAAGACCAAGCGCAUGCGGACGUCCUUCAAACACCACCAGCUGCGGACAAUGAAAUCCUACUUUGCCAUCAACCACAACCCGGACGCUAAGGACCUAAAGCAGCUGGCCCAGAAGACGGGUCUGACUAAAAGAGUUCUCCAGGUUUGGUUCCAAAACGCGAGAGCCAAAUUCAGAAGGAACGUUUUACGACAAGAGAAUGGAGGUGUUGAUAAGGCUGAUGGCACCUCACUCCCUCCACCCUCAUCCGACAGUGGGGCCCUCACCCCCCCCUCCAGCGCGGCCACACUAACAGACCUGACAAACCCCUCUAUUACCGUAGUGACGUCCGUCACCUCUAGUUUGGACAGCCACGAUUCGGGGAGUCCCUCGCAAACUACCUUGACAAACCUUUUCUAACAAGCUAGCAAGACUGCUUUCAUUUUUGCUUUUGUCCCCCCCCACACCCCCCCGUCCACUUUUUUUUUUCUUUAUUGACACCUUUAAAAACAAGCAGAAGCGACACCUUGGAAGAGAGAGUGCCGUACUGUUUUUUGACGCAAACAGGAACCACAAGAACAAGAAGAGCACAUUUCAAAAUAAAAUGUGUAGCAUUUGACACCGCAUGGCUUUGGAAAGGACUUUAAAGAGAAAAAAAAAAUACCAUUGGAAGAACAAUAACCCCCAAACCUGGAAACUAGCAUUCUUCAUUUGACUUGAUUUGUACAUUUGUAUUGAAUUCUGAUCAAUUCAGCCCUUUUUUUUGCUUAAUUGGUGAAUCUUGCUCUCGGAAACCUGUAAUUGUAUGCACUGUGUUGGCACUAAUUAGGUCAUUUUUUUGUUUUGUUUUGUUUUGGAAUCCAACUUGUAGAAUGUUCUGUAUAUGGGUCGAUCCAGAAAAUAGGCUUUAAUUCUCUUUUUGAAUGUCUCCCGUCUGUACGACAGUGGAAUAAUCAGACUCAGAUCCCAAUUGGAUUCAUUCAUUCUAGAACCGGACUUUCUCACUUGAUGAAGACAUGUACUGGAACGAGACGCCAAUCUUACAUUGCACAGUUAAUAACGUUCGCUUAAGGAAUGGUGGGCAGUUCGUGUAAUGGCAGGGGGUGUCCAAAACGUUGAUGCAGGGGGGGGGGCGCUUUGAUACGUAGACCAGAAAACCCAUCUGCCCAACGUAGUGUCGGUCAAUAUAUGCUACAUCUUCGUAUUUCCGUAACUAUUUCAUAAGGAAGGACCACAAAAUGGCCACACAUCUGCUUCGUAAACAAAUAGCUCUUUCUUAUCAUCAAAGUUGCGCUAAUAAUGAUGAAAGUUGACUAGAUCUUCGCUUUGUGUUCAAGGUCACAAUGCUAAUUGGUCAUAUCUGGUAUACCUGCGUCAACCCUAGCCAAGAAUUUCCCAUAGUUCCCAUAGUUGGCCAGAAAUGGCAACAGUAAUCUGCGAAGCUAAUGUUGCAAUGUUGGGUUUUUCCACCCCUAAUUUUGUAAUUUUGCGGAAAAUUACCCUUAUUUUCAAAUACAAAUCCUGACAGAAUAAACAAUUAAUAUCUAGUAAUACACGGUCGUGGGAAAAUAACUAUUAGAUCACUUUGUUUCUUCAGUUUCUUGUUCAUUUUAAAGUGGUUGGACAAACAUAACCAAUGAAAGUCUGAUGAGCUAUUUUUGUUAUCAUCAAAUCUGUCCAAAAUAUGUAUAUUCAGUUGUUAAAAAUGGAUGGACAAACUGAAGAAACAAUGGUGGUCUAAUGACUUUAUCUGAUUAGAGCUGUGACUCACCAUUAUUUUCUUCCUUGAUUAAUCUGAAGCUCAAUUAAUCGAGUAAUCGGUUCGAGGUCCGAAUGGUUAUUCAUUCAUUCAUUUUCAUUCAGGGUACACCCUGGACUGGUCACCAGCCAAUCACAGGGCACAUAUAGACAAACAACCAUUCACACUCACAUUCAUACCUAUGGACAAUUUGGAGUCGCCAAUUAACCUAGCAUGUUUUUGGAAUGUGGGAGGAAACCGGAGUACCCGGAGAAAACCCACGCAUGCACGGGUAGAACAUGCAAACUCCACACAGAGAUGGCCGAGGGUGGGGAAAGUCAAAAUAAGAAGCCAAAAAGUUACCACUUCCACACAAAUAGGAGGAGAACUCAUUCAUUCAUUCAUCCAUUUUCUACCGCUUAUAGCUGUUAAAUAGGUCUGAGUUCAUGGAUGACAAAGGAAAUUUAACAAAUAUUCACAAUUCCGAGGCUGAGGAUAUUUACUGUACAUUUUUACAGUCAAAAAAACGAGUCAUGGAAUUCCAACGUAAUUGAUUAAUAAUUGAUUCAUCAUUGAUUGAUAUUGGUGACUCCAAAUUGUCCAUAGGUACGAAUGUGAGUGUGAAUGGUUGUUUGUCUAUAUGUGCCCUGUGAUUGGCUGGCCACCAGUCCAGGGUGUACCCCAACUUUUGCCCGAAGACUGCUGGGAUAGGCUCCAGCAUACCCACGACCCUAGUGAGGAUAAGCAGUAGAAAACGAAUGAAUGAAAAAAAAUUCAAGCAUGGCAAACUAUCAUUAUUAGAGCCCUCUUGAUACAAAAUAACACCCCUAUAGUGACCUUUACACUCAUAUUACUCAAUAUGGUAGAUAUAAUCACAGAAAAUAAUUUAAAAAUUAGACCCGUGCUUGUGUGUGUUUCAAUAAAUGUCUAACCGGACGUGUGGACAGGAAGUGGAGCUUCCAUCGUAUAGCAGUGCUAUAUCUCAUUAUCAAUGAAUUCAAUAUGCAGUUAAGGGACAGUUAAAAAAAAAAAAAAAAAAAACUGCGGUGAGCAAAGGGGCCCCCGGGCCAUAUUUUUGGACACCCCCCCCCCAUGUAGUCAACUGCCUUCUGAUCAAGUCAACUGCACAACGCCCAGUGAAAAGUGCAUUAUUGUUUUAUCAUGUUGCUCAGGGUGACCAUUUUUUUUUUAAAGGGAAAAAUGAGUUCGAAUUAAGACUGGAAACUGUCAUGAGCGUUGAAAUGACCUCAGCUAGAUGGACGUGCAAAGAGAGGCAGCCAUGUUUUUUUCCACUAUUUGGGACAUAUUUUUUUAUUUUCUCUAAUAACCAGACCAAAAAAAAAAAAAAAAAAAAAUCAAA